AUGGUGAUGAAGAAGAACUCUGGCUAUUCAAAAAAGAGGUUAAAAGAGCAUUUGUCACCUAGUUUACAUGAUCCUGUUGAUUUGUUGAGUCACAUUGAUGUAUCAAAAUAUAAAGAUAAUCGAGACUUGCAUGAGGACCAACAUGUAUUCAUGAAAUUACUAGAGGCAAUUAAUAUGCGAGCAAGCCAUAUAGCUCAAACAUAUCCUGAUUUUCCUUCAUUGGAUUUAUCAGCGCUUUACUGCAUGGGCAUUAUGGUACAAGAAUAUGUGCGCUACUUGAAUUCAGAUAUCCUGAUAGAUAAACAAAGACUCGAGAAUAGACCUACAUUGAACAGUCUUUUGCCUGAAUCACCAGAUACAUUGAAAAAGACAGUUAUGUCAGCCAGAAAUAUAGAGCAAGAUACCAGUGGAAAAGAAAGAAAGAAACGAGCUUAUUCAACCUAUCGAACAGACACUAUUACCCACCAAGAAUCAGAAUACGAUCAUAUCUUUCGACAACCCGAAUGGAAACCUCUUUUGCAUAAAAAGAAUCCCGAAGCAGAACAAAAAGCAGCUCAUCUACGCCGAGAAAGAUCAAAACAACAAAGACAAAUCAAACCAUUAGAGCAAAAGAUACCCGCCAUUCAGCAUAUAGAAAAACCUUUAGACAUAUUCGAUAACCAAGCAUCCUCUCAUAAAUCACAUAAAAAAAGAAAAAGAUUAAAGACAGAUCAUUUUCAAUAA